CGCACGCAUGCGCCUCAGACUGACACCUCCGGACAGCGCGCUCCCCUCCCCCGCGCCCGCCCGCCCGGUCGCAGGCCCGCGAGUUGAUCCCUGCGCCAGAGCCGCGCCCGCCCACCUCGAGGGGCUGCAGGGCCGGCUGGCCUGCGCCCUUGGCCGGCGGUCACCUGCACUCACUCCCCUUCACCUGCCUGUGCGGCCCGGCGGCGGGAGGGAGUCUCUCAGAGGCUCCUCCUCCGCAGCCCGGCUCCCCGCCUCUCGGCUUCCGCAUCUCCCGCCAGUACGUCCCUGUCCCCUCCCUCUCUCAACUCUCGGAUCCCAGGGGUGUCAGGCCGCGGCCGGGCCCCAGCAUAUGGCCAGGUGGAGACGGCUUGGGCGAGCACAGAGUGGCCAGGAAGUGGCCAUCCUGUGGCGCACUCUGGUUGUCCCGCCAAGGCCUCCAGGAACCCGGGUUUUCCUAGGAAACGCGGGGACCAGGAGGGCCCGCCCCUGCGGGAGGAGCGCAGCGUUGACUGGCGAGCUGGCCAAUGGGCGGCGAGGACGGCAGCACAACGUGGAGCGGCUGCAGAAUGUAAACACAGCCGGGCGCGCGGCGGGCCACGUGUGCCCCGACUGCCACCCGCCGGCCGCCGGGACCACCGGGAACCAGCUGUGGCACCCCAGGGCAGCCAGGCUCAGCGAUGCCUGUCUUGCACUUAGCUCCAGCCCGCCGGCCGAGGAUUCCCUCGCUGCUUCUACUAAAGUCCUGCUCCAGCGCGCCCCAAGAUCGGACGUCUCCAAGUAGGACAUGCGGUUGAUAGUCGGCAAACUGGGUUUGCGGCGGGAACAAGUGGGGCGGGGGACGCCGGCAGGAACAAAGACCCCCGGGGUAGAGGAGCCGCGCGAAGGCUGCCUUGAACCCGCCGCAGCUCGCGCCAGGCGCGGACCGGCCGUGCUGGGCUCUCUGCCCUGGCCCGAGCGAGCGGCUGGGAGAGUCCGGGGAGACGCGGCCGCCCGCGCCUGCCCGGCACCGCGGCCCAGGCGGGAGCCCUUCCCGAGAUGCACCAGGCGGCGGCGGGGAGGACAGUCCCGGGGUCCCCGCCCCGCGCCUUUUGUGCCGCGUCGCCGGUGUGAGCCUAGGAAUAACCAGCGCUCUUCCGGGCUUUUUCGAUUCUGACCACAGUCUCGUGACGCCGGCAAAGUAAUUGUUUUUCUCCCACAUUUACGCAUGAGGAAGUAAAAAGCUUGCCCAAGGUGACCUGGAAUCAGAAGAGCCCCAGAAUCUUGUCAGUCCAAGAAACUUCAUACCAUUUAUGAUGCUUAUGAUGGCUUUCUUGAUGGGGGGUGGGGGUUGCCUCCUUUUUGCAGUCACCUCAAAACGCUGUGCUGUUCAGCUGUAAAGCUUAGAGAGCUAACAGCGUGAUGAUAAGAAAUGGGAGGUCUUCCAGCAAGCAUGUGUGACCAGAACCGAAGCAAAACUGGUGGCAAUCAUGAGUGAAUUUGAUAGUUAAAAUAAGCUAAAAACCAGUCUUAGGGCAUUGACGCCCAGCACUGGGCUAACUAGUAAAUUACUUGUAAACCUUGGGCAAUGCCCUGGACUUUGAAGUGAACAGAGUGCAAUCCUAGUAAAGGAAAAUUUAGAAAGAAUCUUAAGACUGCUUUGUGUGGAAACGGAUAGGUUGAAUUCUAACAUAUUAGAAGUGUCAGGUCACUGGUCAUGGGGGACUAAAAAGAACAUGCGCUUAUCCUUCAAAAGGACCGAGGUUUUGAUCCUGCUCUACUUCAAGUUACCGAAUCCCUCUGAGCGUAGGUUUCCUCUAGAAAAGAUAAAACAAAGCACUCAUUUCAAGGGUUGUUUUACAGAUUAAAUUUUACCACAGUUUUUUUAAAAUGAAGUAUAGUUAAUUUAUAAUAUCGUAGUUAGUUGCUGGUGUAUUACAUAGUGAUUCAGUCUUAUACAUAUAUAUUUUUUCAGAUUCUUUUCCAUUAUAGUUUAUUACAAGAUACUGAAUACAGUUCCCUGUAUUAUACAGUAGGAC